AUGAAUGGUUUCAAUUUGUUUGGAGAGCUUCCACUAGAAAUCGCUAUAGAUAUACUCUCCAGACUUCCGAUCGGAACCAUUGUCUGGUCCAAGCUCGUCUCCAAGGCAUGGCGUGAUGCAAUCAAGUCUCACGAGUUUGUCGAGGCCCAUCUUUCUAAACGCGAACACAAACACGAACACGACACUUUCUUUGUAAAAACUAGCUUUGGAGGUUCAGAAGCAUACAAAUUGUUGGAAGGAUACGGAAGCAGCACCCCCACCACCACCACUAUAUGCCGCACGGACACGUUGGCGGAGUAUAAGCCCCUCCUCCCAUAUAGCUCGUCGGUCAUGGGCUUAAUGUUGCUUUUAGGCCAUCGUUCCGAUGUCUUUUCCAUAUGCAAUCCGGUCACUCGUGAGUACGUGAGAGUUCCCCUCCCUCCGCCUCCUAAUAUUAUCGAUCAUCUUUUCCAUAUGCACCUCCCUAAAUUUCAUAGAUGUAUUAGUUACGGAAUCGGGGUGAGCAAAAAAAGCAAACAAUAUAAACUAGUUUAUAUCUUUGGGUGUCACGGCUGCCACGUAUACACCCUAGGAACAGGACAGUGGAGGGUGGGCCCGAGCCCACCCAUAACCGAAGGUUAUUUCACUGGUGGAGGAAACUGGGCAUCCCUGGACGGGAAGCUCUACUGGGUAAAAGAUAUGGAGAAUAUUUGCUCAUUCGAUCUUGAAAGCGAGGUUUUUACCAGUUUUUCAGCCCCGUGUUGUCCCAAUACAGUUGUUGGUAUUCCUGUUGAAAAAGUUUAUUUCUUGAGGAGAGUGUGUGUUUUGGAAGAGGGGCUGUGUGUAUGUGAUACUGCAAAUUCCUCAACAUAUGGUCUGGAUAUGCUAAUAUGGAUAAUGAGGAAAGAAGGAGUUUGGAGAUUGCUAUGUAGGAUUCAUAAGAAGAUUAGGGGAAAUAUGCAUAUGACUCUCCCAAUCAAAGUGUUGGGUAAAGGUAAGACAAUCUUGAUGGCAUCCAUAGAAGGCUGUGGUAAACGAUAUUGGUACGACACUAACAACGGUUCGACCACUCAAAUCGGCUCCCUCAACCAACAAUAUACCUAUGCUUGCCCUUUCAGUCCAACUUUUGUUUCACUCAAAACCUUGUUCCAACACCAGGACAAAGAUAUCAUUCACUCCUUUUGA